AAAAAGUUAUGGAGUGAAGCCUAAUCGGAUCACGUCUGUUGCAUGCAUGCUGCGUAGUUUUUAGUGGGGGAAAAAAACCCCCACAGUGUUUCUGGAGGAACAGGGGAGAGCGCAGAGCGCGCAACUAAGAACAAGGAGCAGGGUUUCAUCGUUUUCAAAGGAUCAGAUAAAACGCCCGGUUCAGAGGAGGGCAAGGUAUGUUUUUCCGUUUCCAAGGGCUGCCUCGCUGAUGUCACCGCGGAGGAGGGUAGGAGCCGAGGACAGGUGCGCCGAGUAAAGUUACCUCUCCGGUAGGCUUGGAUGAAGAAGUGUCUCGGAGCGAAGACUUACACAACAGCUGAUCACUCUGUUUGGAAAUCUUUUUUUUUUUUUUUUUUGAAGUUUUCCUUUAUGAGUUGAAACUCUUUUCUGUGAUAGUGAUAUUAUUGUCUGGACAUUUUUCCGAAGUCUUACGUGGAAUAUAUUUCACUCCACGCUUUUGGAAGUGGCCGUGUCUGGCGCGCACAAACCGCAGCUACAAUAUCGAGAUCUAACGGCGUGGAGGAAGCUGCUGUUGCGUUUUGUUUUUGAAUGCACAGCCGUGAACGGGGGUGUGGGAUCGAGACGCCCCAAUAUCACAACCGACACUUUCCGCUUCAAUGCGACACUGACGCAGCUGGUCUCGCAUCCUCAGUCGCAGACAGGUGAUGCUCGAGUAAUUCAAUGGAGUGACUGAUUGUCAACAGAGGGAGUUUGAUCUGAAAAAAGAGACUUGUUUUCCCUGGAAUGGAAUACAAAACAAGAGAGCAGGUCCAACUUCUAUAAUCUGCAAUGAUUUUUCCGUGCGUCAUUGCGUCUUAGGGAUCAGAAGCGGGUCUUGAGCUGAAGGACACUCGUUCUUGGACUUGCUUUCGGGUUUACAAGAGCUACCAACAAUGUCCAAGACACUGAAAAAGAAGAAGCACUGGUCCUCUAAAGUGCAGGAGUGCACCGUGUCGUGGGGAGGUUCCGGGGAGUUGGUGUCCGUAGUUGAGGUGAGAGGCGGCGCUGAGCUGGGAGAGUUCCCGUACCUCGGACACAUAGUUUCGGAGGCUAUGGUUUGUCACGCGGGUAGGUUUCCCGGCAGCGGGGACGUGCUGCUGGAGGUGAACGGCACUCCGGUGAGCGGACUCACCAACCGAGACACACUGGCUGUCAUCCGCCACUUUCGGGAGCCCAUCCGCCUGAAGACUGUGAAACCAGGUAAGGUGCUGAAUACUGAUUUGCGUCACUACCUCAGUCUGCAGUUUCAGAAGGGCUCCCUAGACCAUAAGCUCCAGCAGGUGAUCAGAGACAACCUGUACCUGCGGACCAUUCCCUGUACCACUCGGCAGCCCAGAGAGGGGGAAGUUCCCGGUGUGGACUACAACUUCAUCAGUGUGGGGGAGUUCCGAGAGCUGGAAGAAAGUGGAUUGCUGCUGGAGAGUGGCACCUACGAUGGCAACUACUAUGGGACCCCUAAACCCCCUGCGGAGCCCAGCCCCGUGCAGCCAGACUUGGUGGACCAGGUUUUAUUUGAUGAGGAAUUUGACACAGAGGUCCAGCGAAAACGCACAACCUCUGUCAGUAAAAUGGAUCGAAAGGACAGCGCCGCACCAGAGGAGGAAGAGGAAGAAGAGAGGCCUCCCAUGGUCAACGGCCUGGCUGAGCACAAGGACAAGGCGGAGUGGAGGAGGACAGUGCCCAGCUACAACCAGUCAGCUGGGGCCAUGGACUUGCGUGUGUGGAACACACAGGAUGAAAAUCAGGAGCCCUUGCCUAAAAACUGGGAGAUGGCCUACACAGAGACCGGCAUGGUCUAUUUCAUAGAUCACAACAGCAAGACCACUACCUGGCUGGACCCCCGCCUUGCCAAGAAAGCCAAGCCGCCUGAGAAAUGCGAGGAAGGAGAGCUGCCCUACGGCUGGGAGAAGAUUGAGGACCCCCAAUAUGGCACCUACUAUGUAGACCACAUCAACCAGAAGACCCAGUUUGAGAAUCCAGUACUGGAAGCAAAGAGAAAGCUGAGUGUGGACACGCCUACCGCAGCGCCGCCACCGCCGCCAGCAGCCACACCCUCAGAAGAGCCUGGAAGGGGAGUGCGGGGCUUCACGCGAGAUCCAUCUCAGCUGCAGGGCUCCAUCCUGCAGACAGCACUUAGAAAAAGCCCCCAGGGCUUUGGGUUCACCAUCAUCGGAGGAGACCGACCUGACGAGUUCCUUCAGGUCAAAAAUGUCCUUCCUGAUGGGCCCGCCGCGCAUGACAACAAGAUCGCCUCAGGUGACGUGAUCGUGGACAUCAAUGGGACAUGUGUGCUGGGGAAGACUCAUGCUGAUGUUGUGCAGAUGUUCCAGUCCAUUCCGGUCAACCAGUAUGUGGACAUGGUCCUGUGCCGGGGCUACCCCCUCCCUGAGGACUCCAGCAACAGUGAGGAGGCCUCAGGAGGCCUCUGCACCUCCAAGGACACUUCGCCUUCCCCCUCCACCUCCACACCACAGGACCUUCACUACACAAUCCCAGAUGGAGGAACCCUCUCCAGGCAGACUGCUGCAGUACCACCCAUGACCAAUGGAGGACGCCACCACCACCAUCCUCAUCCCCACCAGCACCACCACCACCUUCCUCAUGUCCCCAACCAAGAAGGCCCUGACCCCACUCUGUUACAGCCAGAGCUGGUGAGCGUUCCAUUAGUGAAAGGUCCAGGAGGUUUCGGCUUCGCCAUCGCAGAUUGCCCCCUGGGCCAGAAGGUGAAGAUGAUCCUGGACGCACAGUGGUGCCGCGGCUUGUUGAAGGGCGAUGUUAUCAAGGAGAUUAACAGACAGAAUGUCCAGACAUUGAGCCACUCCCAGGUGGUGGACAUCCUCAAAGACCUGCCUGUGGGCAGUGAGGUCAACGUGCUGGUGCUUAGAGGAGGUCAGACAUCUCCUGUGAAAUCACUGAAACCGUGCACAGCUCCCAUGUCCCAAGCCAUAUCCCAGCCAGCUCCUCAACAGGCAUCCCAUCCUGUACCCCAGCAACUGCCCCAUCCAUGCUCCCAGCCCAUAACACCGCCACAGAGACAGGAGGUAAUCAACAGCACAGAGACCCUCAGUCAGUCGGAGAUACCCCCCAAUCCGCUCUCCUUCCCCGCCAACACCCUGCGCUCGUCUUCACCCAAACCGGACGCUUCUGAGCUCUACCUCAAGUCCAAGGCCUUGCUGGACAGCAAGCCUCCUAAUACCAAGGACCUCGAUGUGUUCAUCAAAAGGAACCAGGAGUCCGGCUUUGGCUUCAGAGUCCUUGGAGGCGAGGGGCCGGAUCAGCCGGUGUACAUUGGUGCCAUUGUGCCGCUCGGUGCAGCUGAGAAAGACGGGCGCCUGCGUGCAGGGGACGAGCUGCUUUGUAUAGAUGGCGUGCCGGUCAAGGGCAGAUCCCACAAACAAGUGUUGGAGCUGAUGACCAAUGCUGCCCGUAAUGGCCAAGUCAUGCUCACAGUCCGCAGGAAACUGGCACACUCAGAUACUAUUGGAGAGGAGGAGAACAGUCAGCAGCCCCACCAGGUGGCAUCCGCCCUAGUCAACAGCUCUCCCAAGGCGCCGCGUGCCGAGAUGCCAAACGCUGUCCAGCAAGCCCAGCCCUCUCGGCCAGAGUGCUUUGACGUCACUCUGCAGCGCAAAGACAAUGAGGGUUUUGGUUUUGUCAUCCUCACCUCAAAGAACAAGCCACCACCUGGAGUUAUACCGCACAAGAUCGGCCGUAUUAUUGAAGGCAGUCCCACAGACCGGAUAGGUCAGAUGAAAGUGGGAGACCGUAUCUCAGCCGUCAAUGGCCUGUCCAUCAUGGAGCUGUCACACAAUGAUAUUGUCCAGCUCAUCAAGGAUGCCGGCAAUUCUGUCACGCUCACUGUUGUGCCUGAAGACGACAGCGCUCCUCCAUCUGGAACAGAUUCAGCCAAGCAGAGCCCUUCGGCACAGCACAGAGCUGUGGGCCAGCAGCCUCCCAGCUAUCCAGACAGGAACGGUGACAGUGAGGUGAGGAACUCUUUUCCACAAAGAGAGAUGGGCACUCUCAUCACAUCAGGCCCCAAACAGGGCUGUUUCGUGGUGGAGCUGGAGCGCAGUCAGCGGGGCUUCGGCUUCAGUUUGAGGGGAGGGAAAGAGUACAACAUGGGACUGUUCAUCUUGCGACUGGCCGAGGACGGACCUGCUCUCAAAGAUGGCAGGAUACAUGUUGGGGAUCAGAUAGUGGAGAUCAACGGCGAGGCCACCCAGGGCAUCACACACACUCGGGCAAUUGAGCUGAUCCAAGCAGGAGGCAGUAAAGUUCAUCUGCUGCUCCGACCUGGGCAGGGUUUGGUCCCGGAUCACAGUUCAAAGGACAAAGUAACCAUUCCAACCUCAAGCUUUCCCAGACUCUCUGUAUCAGAUGGGCAGUCAUCUCCAGCCUCUCCGUCCUCUGUCUCCCUCUCUACCUCGGAACUGUCCCCAUCUUCACCCAAAAUAUCCGUCCCUGAUGAGUUCUCUGGGGGAGACCACAGGGCGUCUGGGUCCCCUGGCACUGCACAGGAGCAUGGUAGGCAUGCUAACAGAUCAAGCAGACAGCAGCUCCCUCACCACAACCAUAAGCGCACCACUAGCCCCAGCACCCAGACCCAAAAAACAAGCAGGAGUGACUCCAAGUCUUCUAGUCCCAAAAGAGCCACUGAAGGAUGGGCAGAUCACGCAGAGCGCUCCCAGAGCCCUAGAAAGACAGAGCGAGGCCACAGUGGAUCCUUGGAAGAUAUGAACAAGGAGAGAAAAGCCCAAGGGCAGAGAGACCACUACUCCACUAGCUCCAGGAAGAGCUCCAAGAGGGAACAUGACCCUGCUGUGCCUCUGAAGAACCUGGAGGAGCCCCAGAGCCCCAGGCGUCCAGCUGGCCAACAGCCUAGCCUGCCCUCUGGAGAAGGGAAGGACAGGAGGUAUAAGGAAGAGGAUGGAGCUUACUGGCAGGAGAGGGGCGCUACAGAGAGUGGAGACAAACGCUGGGGCACCAGUGAACGCCACAAGAGGGGCAAAAGGGCUGAGCAAGAGGCAGUGGCACAAAAAUCCCAUUCCCAAACGCACAGGGAGAGGGUGGGGUCAGAUGCUGAUACUGGCACCCUGAGCCGAAGGAGUGGGAGAGAGAAGGGGGAUAAAGAACACUGGGAGAGUAAGUACCAUGGGCCAACUGAAGAAGUGACCAGAAAGGACCCCAGAGGUUCGAGCAGUAGCAUCCAGGACCCCAGCUGCAAUGGGACCAACACCAGCAAGAGGGCUCCCAUCACCCCUGGACCAUGGAAAGUUCCCAGUUCUGCCAAGAUCCAGUCCCAAGUGGACACACCGUACGCAGAUAUCUGAUGUCUUUCCAAGGCUCCGUGCAUUUAUUAAGAGAAAGCUGAGCCUCUGAAAGAUGGACAUUCACAGUGGAAGGAUUUUUUUAGCAAUCUCAGACAAAGCAAAUCACUGUGUAACCAGCAACAUAGCUUCUCAUUGCUCAUGAUUUUUUUGUUUUUCACCCAGUUUGCCUCGGUUAGUUUGCGUCAAGCUGCUGAUGUCUGAUCCGACAUACAUGCUUGUACCUACGUGAGUAUUUGUAUCGUACGAUGGUGUGUGGCCGUGUGUGAGUCACAGGCGGGUUCCGAGUGUGAUUUUUAGAUGUGACACUGAAGUCUAUUUUGUGCCAAUCAGACACAGACUCCGGUUAUAAAGAAGCCACUCCAUAUUGCACUCACUGUGAGACCGUUUGUGGGUAAUGCGAUGAAGUGCUCUCCCCGUCUCUGCCCACUUCGAUGAAGGAUCCUGCCUUUUUUCCAUCACUUUGAAGGUUUAAGGCAUAUUCAUACAGUCACUCAGCUUCUCUUCCUGGUGAGAUUGAGUCACUGUUGCUGUCACUGAUGGAUGUAUUAAAAAGUGAGGCUGGUGAGUUCUCUUUCUUAAAAUUGGCUGCAGAGGGUAACAGAGUGUCUUCUAAGUCAUUUACGGUCUGUGUUUUUUUUUUUUUUUUUUUGAGAGCCCGGCUGGAGUUGUGAACUCUGUGUGUGUGUGUGUGCGUGUGUGUGCUUGUGUGCUUGUGUGUGUGUGUGUGUGACUGCAUUCAUACACUCUGAAACACUCUGAUCCCAUUAGCUUAUCAGAGGGUAGACAGACUACCCUGGAGCUUUAUAUGCACCAAUCAGCAGACCAGAUACUUGUGGUUAUAGUUCUAAUGUUUGUUACAUGUGUGUUGAUGAUAAAGCAUAAUGUAAUUUAUUGAAAUUAUAUGUAAACAAAACUGUUAGUACACAUAUCUGUGCUGAGUCAUUUCACUUUUGAUGUGGACUUAAAGAUAGAAAUGGAAUGUGUAGAUGAGCAUCACCAUUUAAAAAUAAUAACACUAUAAAACUGCGAUCUAUGCAUUCUGUUUCUGAGAUUUCAUGGUCUGUAAACGGUCACACGAGCCUGAUUCAUAAUGUUGUCUACUGUUAGCAGCUCUAUAUUUUAGGUCCUCUGGCUGUGUGUGUGUGUAUGUAUACAAGCUGACUGGUAGGCCUGUGUAUUUUCAAUAUUGCUGUAGCAUCAACUAUACUUAAUCUGAAGCAUAUAUUAUUUAACAAAAUGAUUACACAUAUAUUGACACAUAAUUUAGAUAAAUUGAAUUAACAGAGCUUGAUUGUAAAAAGUGAGACCUCUGCCUUCAUCUUACUUAAAACUAUAAGAGAUAUUGGUAUUUUUCUUGUCACAAAUGUAGGCACAAAAACAUAUUGCUUCUCCUCACUCUAACCUCCAAAUCUAUUUUUGAUCUAAUUUUUUUAUGUAGUACACGACCCUUAAUGUGAGAAAAAAUAAUGUGUAUAUUUUUGCUUAACUGUUAAUUAUUAACAACAUCGUGGAUUUUGUGUUUUGAAGAAAGUCAGAAUCCCAGAGAAUGCAGUUCAUUUCCCCACACAUGAAGGAAAUGGUUGCACAUACUGCAAAUGGGUUGGCUGCUUCUUUGGGAGUUCUGUUUCAAACAAAACUACAAAGUUGAUCAAAUUUAAUUAAACAGGGAUUAAAGUCCCAUAUGGGGAAAAAAAGUAUUUUUUUUUUUAAUUUAGUAGGAUCAGUUGUGCCCUGCUCUGCAGACAAAAUGUAGUGUUGUUUCAAUGUUGCUACUGUGGAGUACAGAGACAUCUAGUGGUUCAUCCACUGCUAUUCACAGACUAGUCAUUGCACAGUGCCCUCAUCAGCCUGCCUGUUUAAGGAUGUACAGAAGUAACACAUGCAUCUCUGGGUCUGUGAGACCACUUACUAAUUUAUUGUCCACUUUAUUGUUGAAUGAUGGGCUACUGUAUUAUUUACUGUUCAUGCCAUUACCAUGUAUGAUACUGUGGCCUUGCUCCAACAUAGAAGAAAAAAAGAAGUCUCUUAGUUUUGACAUCAUGGUAGUUGUAAAUGUUUAUAAAAUUGUACAGCACCUGUAUAAAUAUUUGCCUUCAUGCAGGAAAAAAAAUCCUCUGUAAAUCGUUUCAUUAUUUUUUUAAGGGAACUGAGAGGAAAUGAUAUAAAAUGGGUGAAAAGAAA